AUGGCGGCUGCCAAGGAAGCUCAGGAGGAGCAUGAAACGACCACCAAGAACAUGGACGAUGCCAACCACGAUCCCCAGUUUGAGCAUAUCGUCUCUCUUCCAGAGCAGGAGAUUAAGACCCUGGAGGAAGAUGAAGAUGAGCUCUUUAAGAUGAGAGCAAAGUUAUUCCGAUUUGCCUCUGAGAAUGACCUUCCACAGUGGAAAGAGCGAGGGACAGGUGAUGUAAAGCUACUGAAGCACAAGGAGAAAGGAACAAUUCGCCUCCUCAUGAGACGGGACAAGACUCUGAAGAUCUGUGCGAAUCAUUAUAUAACCCCACUGAUGGAGCUGAAGCCCAAUGCAGGCAGUGACAGGGCUUGGGUUUGGAACACACAUGCUGACUUUGCUGAUGAGAGUAGGAAGCCAGAACUGCUGGCCAUCCGAUUCCUGAAUGCAGAAAAUGCCCAGAAGUUUAAGACAAAAUUUGAAGAAUGCAGGCAUGAGCUAGAACAACGAGAAAAAAAAGAAAUGGACCAAGAGAGAAGUUAUGGCCAAAUGGCUAAGAAGUUAGAGGAGCUCUCAGUGAAGGAUGGUGGCCGAGAGUCUAAGCAAGAGAUCCAAGUGGAGAAGGUGCUUGAGGCCCAGGAAAGCCAGGAGGCCCAAGAGAUCCAGGAGGCUCAGGAGCAAGAGAUCCAGGAGAUACAGGAGAAACAGGAGUCUAAGGCCCAAGAGAUCCAGGAGGAGCAAGAAACUGAGGCCCAGGAGAUCCAGGAGAUUCAAGAGACCCAGGAUCAGAACACUGAGCAGCAAUAA